UCAACAAGGCCAAGGAAUCAGCAAUGGUCACAUCCAAGACCACUGACAGUGAUAAGUCUGACGAUAGUCUAACAUCAGAUGAAGUGGCUGUCUUAAUGGCAUUGAAAAAUACUUUAAACCGCCAACGUCAACAGAAAUUGAAUUCCAAGAUACGAGAAGAGCUUGAAAAUAAGGAAUCAUUUUAUGACAAACCUAUUGUCGAGAAAGGAACUGAUGAUGCUGCAGUGCUAAAGUCCUUAGCAAGUAAACUUUCCAAAGUCACUGAAACAAAACAGAAUGUACAGCAACGUGAUGAUAAAGAAGAUUUAUCCCAAAACAAAGAAGUGCAGCCAAAGGAAGGAAAAUUUUCUCUGUAUAGACAAGAAGUUUUAGCUCAGAUUGAGGACAGACUGCUUCAAGAUAUGGAUUUUGCUUUGAAAACUGGGUUCUCUGUGGAGGAAAUACUGACAGAUUUACAAGAAAAGGAAAAACGAUUUGAGGAGCUGAAAAUGGCGGAGAUGACAGAUCGAAUUGAAAGACUCCGCAAAUUGAGAAACAGAGAUUGAUAGAAUGAGCACCCCCUUUUUUGUGCAAUUUGAUGUUUAGUUAAAACUAUGAGAACAGAAACAUUAAAGAUAUUAUGUAGCCACUUUAAAACCUGAUCAAAUACUGUAACGUAUAUUCAACGUGUGUAUGUAUUAUAUAAGUACUAAGUUUUAUGGGGAAUUAAGGACACAAACUUGUUUAUGUAUAUUAUAUAUGUACAGUUUCGGGCCUAAGUAUCAUGAUAGUUACAUAGUCUUUUAGUGACAAUGGUAUGAAAAUUUUGUGUUUUCAAACUUCACAUGCCGUUAAAUGCAUUUACAAGUUUUAACUAGUUUAAAUGUACUAAUUAAUAGACAUUUUGUGACAGUGCAUUGUAAAAAUUGUGUUUUAUUAUAUGCAAAACAUUAAAUAUGACUCUAUAAAACGCCAGCCAACGAUGCAACAAAUACAUGUGAUCUUGUUGAAGCUAUUUUGUUAUAAUAUAGUUAAUAAACAUUUAUUACUUUUAA